AUUGGCGGCACUGACACGACGGCUUGUGUGUCCCUUCCACAUGCUAUCAAAUGCGACACUGAUGCGGGAUCUGGUAUCUCUGUCUGUGAGUCUUUCCGUUAGCAACAGGUUUGCACCAGCAUUGACGUUAAGUGUGAAGCCUUUACUACACUUAAAGUAUAAGCAUAUUUAUAUAUAAGUAUAAUUAUAUUGGAACAAUCUCCUUUCAGGGCCAUGAAAACAAUUACAAAGAAACAUUAUACUACUAACGUGCAAACAGACAGAAAGCGUAAUACAUCAAGGAAAACGUAUCAAGUAUUGAAAGCUGAAGUUGACAGACACUGUAGGAAAAUGAAAAAGCUGGCCGAAUCUUUAACAGAUAAUACUGUUGUGCAAGAUUGUGUAUUAUCUUCUUCUUCAUCGGAUGAAUUAUCAGAAAUUGAGGUUUGCGGUCCCUUGAGUAGAAAGAAAAAUUAUGAAACUAUCACUCAAAGUAAUAUGUUAAGAUAUAGUUCUGAUCAGUCCAGCAGUAGUGUAAUGAGGUUUGAUAUAGAAGAUAUGACUUUAGGAAGUGAAAAUAAUGUAUCGACUAGUAAAAACAAAAUAGAGGAGGAAAAUGUCCACAUUUUUUGCGAUUUUGAUUGUUCUUCUGAGAAAGGGAGAAAAGAUGCUAUUUUGGAUGUUGCUGAUAAAGGAAUGUUAUGUUAUGAAGAUGAAUAUAUAGACUGGUCAUGUAUUCUUCGCAAGUGGGCAGUUGAGAAUCAGGUCACUUUGCGAACUUUGGGUAGUUUACUUAAAAUUUUGAAAUCAAUAUCUAUGUUUUGUAAUCUUCCACUUGAUCCCAAAACUAUAUUGAGGUGUGGCAAACGGGUAGAAAUAGAGAAUAUGGGUGAAGGAACAUAUUAUAAUUUUGGAUUGAAAGAAUCAAUACGGAAGAGAAUAUUGUCAGGCCAUAUAAAGCAAAACAUGAUUUCCCUAAACAUUAAUAUAGAUUCGGUUCCACUUUUCAAAAGUAUUGGUACAUUGUUUACACCAAUUCUUUGUCUGGUAAAUGAUUCCGGACUCCCUCCAUUUAUUAGUGCCGUUUACUGUGGGCCUGGUAAGCCUGACAUAAAAAUGUUUCUAAAAGAUUUUACCCCCGAGUUGGAAGAGCUUUUACAUGAUGGAAUUGAUAUUAAUGAAAUUAAAUACAAAGUUAUUGUGAAAUGUUUUGUUUGCGAUGCUCCUGCAAGAGCAUAUGUCAAGUGUAUCAUAGGACACAGUGGUUAUCACGGAUCUGCAAAGGUUUGGCCUUCUGAUUUCAAUCGUAAGCCACGUUCAUUAGAUGAAGUAAAGCGUUGGAAAGCUACAGAGCUUCGACAGUUUUUAUUAUAUCUUGCUCCUGUUGUUCUUAAAAACUAUUUGCCAAGACUUGUGUAUCAGCACUUUCUCCUGCUUCAUGUUGCAAUAACAAUAUUUAUAAGAGAGGAUUUGCACAAGUGCAUGCAUUCUGAAGCUGCAGAGACGUUAAGAGACUUCGUUAAGAAAGAAUUUCCAUUAGAAAAAAAUGCCACAUCAGUGAUACCUUCUUCGUGGAUUAAAACGAAGGAAGGCUCAACAUUUUGUUUGUGGCCCACUAAAUUAUCCAAUUCAGAGACUAGUAUAGCUAUUAAAAGGGGUGAUUCUCCUAAUGCGGACUGGGAAGAAAAGUUAAUUAUCAAGAUCUAUCCGAAAAAGAGAUGUGGCGUACCAUUCAAGAAAUGCCAAAACAAACAUUCUGCACUUUAUAAUUCAGGCUCAACCGGUCUUGACACUGAAGAUACAGAAAAUGAUUCAAUAGAGAAUGCCGUGCCAAUAUUUCCCUCUCCGAUAGGGUAUAGUUGCAAGAGGCCAUCAAAGACGUCAAAGCCUCCCUGUGCCCCAUCCCAAUGUAAGAAGCAACGGCUGGAAGUAGGUUCAGAUUUAUCUGGUUUUAAGGAUGUUGGCAGCCAAAGCUCUUCAAAGGAGCCAAAUGAAUCAAAUUCAGCAUCUGCCAGUGAAGAGCACCUUAAUAAUGUCUCCCAAAAUAUUACAUCUUCAAAAUGUGCAGAGAAAAUUCAAGACUCUGAGGAAGAUUCAGAUGUCAACUCAUCAUCUGGUACAUCCGAUGCGGAAAGCUCUAAUUUUGAAGAUAAAGAUGCUGAAAGGAAUAAGAAUAAUACAUUAAUUCAGGAGUUCAAUGCUGAAAAUAAGAGCACUAAAGUAAUCGAUUCCUUUCUGGAUCAGCAAUUUAAAAAAAGUGGCAUUGAUACCACGAAUGAGUUGGGUAUUAUGAGUGAGUAUACCAUUCGACGUUUAUUCCGUUGGAUGUACAAAUUGAACUUGCAAAAUAAGCAACUCCAACAGUCGAUUGAGGAGUUGAAAUCCAUGCUACAAAGGAAAAGCUUUAAAACAUCUGCAACAGUAGUGCCAGAUCUUAUUUUACCAUGUGCUAAUCCGGAUGAAGUAAAACGCUUGGACGAAAAACUUCAAGAUAAAGUUGUUUUUGCAGAUUUUGUGGAAUUCCUGUCUACCAAAGCUGCAGGAAACACAGCACUUCAUAUUGGGUAUACUUUAAUAGGGCUUAUCAUGACACCUUAUUGUGGUGGAUACUAUACUUGGGAUGGACUUCACAAAUCAACAAAGAAACUUGCCGUGAAGUCUCACAGAAACCUGCACAAAGCCUUAGAAGGUGAGGCUUUAUGUCGUCCUAUCACAUUGAAUCAGGCAUUAGUAGUUGUAUGACAACAAAAGAUGUAUUUUUAAAAUUGUCAUCAUAAUUUGCAGAUGCCAUGAAUGCUUUAAUUGUAAAAAAUGAAGGAGGAACUGUCAUAGUGACAUCUGACGCCAUUAAGAAAAAGGCUGGUCGUUGGCUAACGACGUUUGAAACAAGACUCAAACCAGAAGACUCACAACCUGUUCUGCCGUGGAACAGUCAAUGAGUUUUUGAUAUUUAUGUACAUAUGAGCUGUUUUUUAAGUAGUUAUAAGUUCAUUUUUUUAAAUAUAAAAAGAAGACAUCCAUCUGUACCUAAAACUAGGCUUUCACUCAUUUUUUAAAAAUUGGACUUAUACCACUUAAAAAAAACAGUUUAUAUGUUGUUCGUAUUCUGUGUUUGUACCUAUAAGACGUAAGUUUGUACCUAUUUUAUUUUAACAAUUCUUUGUUUUAUCCUCGAGCAAUUUAAUUAAUACUUUUUUGAGACUCACUUGCUAUUUGUAUUCUGUGUAUUAGAUGCAAGUUUGAACCUAUGUUUUGUUUUUACAUUUGUGUCCUGCAAUAGUUGCUCAUUUUUUUACAUUUGUAUGUGCAAUCUUAUUUGUAUUGUGUGCGUCAUACCUAUCUAAAUACAUCUUUUAAAUUUACAAUUCUCUGUCCUGUCCUGGAGCAGUUAAUAAUUAUUUCAUUAUUAUUUAUUUACCUAUUUUAUUGUGGCUCUUACCUUUUUCCCUCCCCACAGCUCCCUGAGGCCCAUCGACAUAUAGAAUGGACUGCUGCUGGCUAGUGGAAGGAGGGUGUAGAGUGAGAGGAAGAAAAUAAGAGGAUACGUUCCAACUCUUUCUAGUAAAGUUUGAUUGGUUGCUGUAACAACGUCACCAAUCAGGCUUUAGAAUCAGAACGUGUCCUCAUAUUGUUUGCCUCUCACUCUACGCGUGCAACCUUCUUUCCACUAGCCAUCAGCGGUCCAUAUUCUGCAUGUCGAUGUUGAGGCCACUAUUGCGCUUCCCAAAAAAGAUUCUGCGAAACAAUCAACAAAACAUUCUGUGCAUAUCUUAUGCAUAUAUGCACAUGAUAUUUAAAUGAAACAUGAGGAGAAUAUAGCUGCCAAACAUUGUAAGUAUGCCCUGAACGUAAUUCAGUUUCUUGCACUGGCAGAACAUUCAGGGAUAAUAUCUAGAGUACGUGCUAAAGAUAUUCCCAACAUAAUUUUGACAUCGCCUCUAUCAUCAAUCCAACAGAUAUAUGAACUACAGAUAUCCUACAAACAUUCUGGAGACUAUCUCACAGGACAUCUUCCGGUCGGACUAUGUGCGCAUUGAGGCUAGUCUAUAAGACAUCUACCGACAAUGUUCUGAGGACAUCUAAAUGUCACUUGAGAUCAUCUUCAGAAUAUCUUUCAUACAUUCAUUUCCUCACUGGGAAUAAGUACAAGAUCUGUUGCUCGUCAAUUAGGUAUAUCGCAUAUGAGUGUUCAUAAACUGCUUAAAGAAAAUCAGCAACAUCCGUAUCACUACACAAAAGUACAUCUAUUACGAC